UUAUACACGUACCAUCUUGGUAUUAUAAACAACGCAGAUAUAUUACCAAAUAAAAAUGCAUUACGCAUAUGAUAAAGUCAGAUGAAUUCUGAAAAAAAACAUCAGAAAAUUACAAAUUUUAGUUCCAAAAGUUGGUUGAAAAAAUAAGUAAAACAUUUAAUUUACAAAUCAUUUGUCGACGACGUCAAACUUUAUCAUCAUAUAUUCAGACCGACCUCUAUAAAGGUCUUCAGGUUCAUUUAAACUACCCCUGGAAACGAACUCGAAUGGUAAUGAUUCAUAAUGAGUUUUGGCAAUCGAAAUAGGAGUUAUAUGUCAACGGGUGGGAGGUCGUCCUCGAACUUCGGAAGUGGCGCUGCUCACCGUGGCGUCGGAGUGCGAGCGGGUGGCUCCUCCGCCUCCGUCUCGUCUGCUUCUACCAGUGGGGGAAGCAGUCUGGCUAUGGUUUCCGUGGCACUUCAAGACCACAUUAUGCGAAAUAUGUCAUCGGAAUUCAAUCUGUCAUCAUUCAAUCACAGACUCAACAGUCAGCCGGUUGAGCAGAAAAUCAGAAAGCCGAAAGCCACAUCAGUAAUUGACACCGGUUUGAAGUCAAAGCAAACCAACAAACACAAACAAACAAAACAAACAAAAGCCGAACAAGAGGAACAAGAUCACGUGAUCGAAGAAGACGAAGAAAAGGGAAUGGCAGCUAAACCCUCGUUAGCCCAAAAACUGGGUAUUUUACCAGGUGUUUUGGGCAUUGUCAGUGCUGAAGAGAGGAAGUUGAAUGAACAACAGUGGCAAAGUGUGAAGAAACAGGCGGGCGAGAGGGGGGAUUAUUCGUCCCCUUGUGUCAUAUGCAAGGAGACAUUGGGCGCACAGAAACAGCUGAUAACUUCAUGCUCGCAUACUUUUCAUCAAACUUGUCUGGAAGCGUUUGAGAGAUUCACAGGCAAAAAAUGUUGUCCUAUGUGUCGAAAGGAUCAGUACCAGAAGCGAAUCAUACACGAGGCUAGCAAAGCUUACAAAAGCCAGUGCGCGACUAAAAUCCAGGCCACUUGGAAAGGAUUUGUAGUCAGGAAAUGGUACAAGAAAAUUCGAGAAACUCAUCCACCGAAAGAUCCGAAACUACGCGAGAAAUACUUCAUGCAAAAAUUCGAAGAAAUCACGCAACGAAUGCUUUCGAUGUACAGUACUGAUGUUGACUCGUUUUUACGGGAGAUCGACGUUGAUUUAAGAAAUAGCAGAAAAAUAAUGGAUAAUUUUAACGAGCAGAAAAUGUUAGAAAACCAUCAGUUAAAUUUAAGCCAGGAUUUUUGGGACGAUGUUUGCGGAAAAGCUUUUUCAAGAAUAGACGAAACUUCCGAAUGUCCAAUUUGUAUGUUUCAACUUGUGGCCAACAAAACUUUGACUGUUUGUUCAUGCACGCAUGUUUUUCACGCACAGUGUCUAAAAACUUUCGAAGAAUUAUCGCUGAACGAGCAAUUUUCAUGUCCCGUUUGCAGAUCUUCGUACUAUUCAAUUGACAAAUAAUUUCAUUAUUUCAGAGGAUAUAUAGUU